UUGUUGGGAAAGUAGUUCCACAUAGUUUCAAAAUUUACUUUAAUAAUUUUCAUUAUUAUCAAUUGAAAUGUUGUAAUUAAGAAUCUAUUAAUAAAAUUGGUCUUCAUUGCUUGUGUUCCGGAUGACUUUCUAUUACGCUAUAGUGUAAUUUUUUUUUUGAUUGAUAAGCGUCUCUGCGACAGUAGACUUAUUCAAAUAGGCGUUACUUAUAUUAAAUAAGAUUUACAAUUCGUCUCCCACUGCCAUCGAAAAUUUUGUCGUCGGAUGAGGGACAGUCCGGUGUGCGAGAAUUUGUACAUUUAUAGCCACCAAGGAAUUUCUGACAAGAAUUGUACGGAAGUUUUGUGGCCGGUGGUGUUGGUGGGGAAAAGUUCGCCAGUGUUUCCAGUUGACGUAGCAGUUAAGGCGUUUCCUCCAACAGGCGGUGUUGUGACAACUUGGUGACAGCCGUCGUGCGGGUGUUUUGUGUUGGGGUUAUUGUUACCCUGGGGCAGUGAGCGGCGCCCAAGCGACUUUGUAACUGUUUCGUUUGGCGUGUGAUGCUUUUGAUGGAACUUGAUCGUCUGUUUAUCAGUUCCCAGUAGAAAAUGUUGAAGUUCAUAAGAGGGAAAGGGCAGCAGCCCUCGGCCGAGAGGCAGAAACUUCAGAAGGAGUUAUUCGCGUACCGCAAGACGGUGCAACACGGCUUCCCGAACAAGCCGACCGCGCUGGCCUGGGACCCCUCGCUGCGCCUCAUGGCCCUGGGCACUGCCUCCGGCGCCAUCAAGGUCUUCGGCAAGCCGGGAGUGGAGUUUUACGGUCAGCACGCCAAUCACGAGUCGGCCAUCACCAAGCUGAUCUUCCUGCCGAAUGAGGGCCGCCUCGUGUGUCUGUGCGACGACAACUCCCUCCACCUCUGGGAGAUGAACGACGGCUUUCUCGUGGAGAUUAAGACGCAAGCCCUCGAGGGAAACUUCACUCUCCUGCUUUCUUCUUUGUUUGACUCGAGGUUGAAGAAGAUCUCGGCAAUGUGCCUGGAAUCGGCAGGCCAGCAUUUGCUCCUAGGUACGGAGGGCGGUAACAUUUACCUGCUGAACCUCCGCACCUUCGAAAUGUCGGAGACCAUCAUAUACCAGGACGUCGUCAUGCAGAAUGUCCCGGAGGAUUACAAGAUCAAUCCGGGCGCAGUGGAAGCCAUAGCGGAGCAGCCGGGGAAUCCGGACAAGAUUCUGAUUGGCUACAACCGCGGCCUCAUGGUGCUGUGGAACAGACGGUCCCCCGGGGCGGAGCAGACGUUCAUCAGCACGCAGCAGCUGGAGAGCGUGUGCUGGCACCGGGAGGGCGCGCACUUCGCGUCGUCGCACAACGACGGCAGCUACGCGCUGUGGGACGCGGGCGUCGGGGAGAAGCCCAUGGAGGAGCCGACCACCCUGUACGGGCCCUUCCCCUGCAAGGCCGUGUCCAAGUUCCUGUGGCGGCACGGCAAGGGGGAUGACUACUUCAUCUUCGCGGGGGGCAUGCCCCGCGCCAGCUACAGCGACCGCCACACCAUCACGAUACAGCACGGCAAGAGGCACAGCGUGCUGGACUUCACCUCCAGGGUCAUCGACUUCUUCACGGUGCCCGUCGACCCCGAGGACAAAGAGUUCGACGAGCCGCAGGCCCUGAUGGUGCUCCUGGAGGAGGAGCUGGUGGCCGUGGACCUGCUGUCGGAGGACUGGCGCAUGCUGGCGCUGCCGUACCUGGUGUCGCUGCACGCCAGCGCCAUCACCUGCUCCCAGCACGUGGCGGGCGUGCCCCAGGGGCUGUGGGACGCCGUCGCCGCCGCCGGCCGGGCCCAGGUCCUCGACCUCUACUCCGACCGGGCGUGGCCGGUGGACGGGGGAACGGUGCUGGCGUCGGAGGAGGAGGCGCGCGCCGCGCCGUGCCGCGAGCUGCUGCUCACGGGCCACGAGGACGGCACGGUCAGGUUCUGGGAUGCCAGCGGGGUCGCGCUGCAGCCCCUCUACAAGUUCGGCUCCGCGCAGCUGUUCAGCGGGGACGAGAUCGCGGGCGACGGCAGCAACGGCGCGCAGGACGAGGAGGACGAGGAGUGGCCGCCCUUCAAGAAGGUGGGGACUUUCGACCCGUACUCCGACGACCCGCGCCUCGCCGUGAAGAAAGUGGCGCUGUGUCCUCUCUCCGGGACGCUGGUGGUCGCCGGGACGGCCGGCUCUGUCAUCGUGGCUUUGAUCGGCUCCGAGCCAGUGGAGAAGGAAGUCAAGGUGGUGCCCAUGAACAUCGUCCUGGACCGGGACGGCUUCGUGUGGAAGGGGCACGACCAGCUGACGCCGCGCACGGGCGCGCUGCCCCUGCGCCCGGGGUUCCAGCCGGCCGUGGUGCUGCAGCUCCACCCGCCCGCCGCAGUGACGGCGCUGGCCGUGCACGCCGAGUGGGGCCUCGUGGCGGCCGGCACGGCCCACGGCCUGGCCGUCUUCGACCACCUGCGGGCCCGGCCCGUGCUCGCCAAGUGCACGCUCAACCCCAACGACCUGUCGGGGGCCGGGGAGGCGCCCAUCUCGCGGCGCAAGUCCUUCAAGAAGUCCCUGCGCGAGUCCUUCAGGCGGCUGCGCAAGGGACGCUCGACCCGGCACGCGGACAAGCGCGGCGCGCAGAGCCCCGCCGCGUCCUCCCCCGCCGACAAGAAGAAAGAAGGGACUGGGGACGGCUCCUCGCCGUCCACCGCCCCGGUCAGCCCCUCGGAGGCGAAGCCGAUCGAGCGGCAGGUGGAAGCCCGGCCGGCGGACGACUCCCUGGGCAGCAUGGUGCGCUGCCUGUUCUUCGCCAAGACGUUCAUCAUCAGUGUGCAGACCAUGACGGCCACGCUGUGGGCGGGCACCAACAACGGCACGGUGUACGUGUUCACCGUGUCGGUGCCGGGCGCUCCGGGGCGCCCCGAGGAGGACGUGGUGUGCCAGCUGGCCAAGGAGAUCCAGCUGAAGCACCGCGCGCCCGUCGUCUCCGUGGCCGUGCUGGACGGGGCGGGCGCCGCGCUUCCCGGGCCGCUGGCCCCGGCGACGCAGCCGGACGCCCCGGGCCCGCACCGCGUCGUCAUCAGCUCCGAGGAGCAGUUCAAGAUCUUCACCCUGCCCGGCCUGAAGCCGUUCGGCAAGUUCAAGCUGACGGCGCACGAGGGCUCGCGCGUGCGCCGCGCCGCGCUGGCGACCUUCUCGACGGCACGGCCCGGCACGGCCGCGCAGCACUCGGAGACGUGCCUGGUGUGCCUGACCAACACGGGCGACUGCGUGGUGCUGAGCCUGCCGGAGCUGAGGCGGCAGCUUGACGCCGCCGUGGUCCGGCGCGAGGACAUCAACGGGAUUUCGAGCCUGACGUUCACGGCGAGCGGUGAGGCGUUCUACCUGCACUCGUCGAGCGAGCUGCAGCGCAUCUCGCUGUCGGCGGCGCGCGUGACGCAGCCGCGCUGCCGCCUGGAGCUGCCCGAGGGGGCGCGGGACACGGAGGAGGAGGAGGCGGCGGCGGCGGCCGACGACGAGGGGCGGAUCGAGGGGCGGGAGGAGUCCGCGCCCUCCCCCACCGCCCGCCAGCAGCAGUCCGCCCCGCCGGCCCCGGCCGUCGUCGUCAACGGGGACGCCGGCAGCCGAGACGGCAGCGAGUCGAAGGGCGACGGCGCCCUGGAGAACAGCAUCGACGAGGAGAGGAGCGACCUGAGCGCCCUCAGCGUCGGGGACAUCACCAUAGACUCCGUCAAGGACCACCUCAUCUCUGCGGCGGAGGACGGCCGCUCCUCGACGGAGGUGAAGGUGGAGCGCACCACGGAGACCCAGUCCGUGGUCGUCAAGACGACCGUCGUCAGCAGCAGCAGCGAGACCACGACCGUCGUCAACUCUGCCAGCGCCGGCGACAUAGCUGUUGUUGAUUUCCCUCCGGCAGACGGGCCGUCCAACACACACGUUUUAAACGAGAUUAAGCUGCGCAAGGCUCCCCUGGCCAAGAUGGAGGACUUGGAAGCCGAGGCGGCGACGAAUCCGGCGGACGUGUAGCGAAGCAGCGGCAAGCCUCUCCCGGGCGGGGCGCGUUCGCACCGAGUGCCGCGCCCGCUCUCCCGGCCAUCCGCCCCCCGUCGGUCUCUUCCCCUUCUCCCCCCCCCCCCAGCCCGGGGACGAAGGCUUCAUCACCUCCCCCUCCCCCCCUCACCCCCCUCGUCCGUGUGGUCGAACAUUCCAGUGACGUAGUCGUAGCGUCUAGUUGUUGUUCGCGUGCAGCUUUCGCGGUGGACUCCUCGCUUGGGCGAUGCUUGUUGCGCGAGGACUCGGACACUCCGCUCGGGAAACAACUGGCAGCAGUAUUUGCUCUUUUUCUUUUUUUUUUAAAUUCGAUAAUGAGAACUGCAAUGUGUUCAUGCCUGUUCUACUUGCUGUGCAUUUGAUGUAGUGAGUUGUUAGCAAUUUUUUUGCAAGAGAAAAAGAGUAUUUUUUUUUUUAUUUUAUGAACAAUAUGCCUCAAUAUUUUUAUCCUGUGUAGCUGUUUAUUAUUUUUUUUAAUACUGUUCUACUUGUAAAAACUUAUAACAUAAAAAUUUCAAUUUAAUCCUUUGGUGAAGGUGUUCUUGUGUUUCACGACAUUUUAGCGGUGCGGCACUGUAGCAAAGAGGGAAUGCAUAUCUGCAUCUGUUUAACACGUCUGUCGCAUGAUUUAAAUAUGAGAGAUGUCUGAAACUGUUUUAGAAGCUUUAGUUUACUUUACCACUUUCUGCAAUGUGAUAUACUAAUUGUAGAGGAAAAGAAAAUAUGCAAUGCCAUCAAGUUCAUACUACUUCGUCCUUAUAAUUUAUGAGAACUGAUUUUUGUGUCUUGCAGAAAGUUUAAGGCAUUAUUUCCCUGUUGUAAUGUUUUGAAAUAAAUACUUUUGUAAGUUAUGCAGAAAA